AUUACCUGGAAAAAUGAAUUGUAAUUAAAAGUGAAAACAUUUACCUGUGAUUUUGAGACCAGAUGAUUAGUUUAAUUGUCCAUCAACUGUCGAGUGUUUUGCAUAAUCAUCCCAAUAAUCUAAUCGUUUGGUAACCUCAUCAAUCUCUCACUUUCUCACUUUUCUCUUUUCUCUCUCUCUCUCCGCAAUUUUCUCUCUCACUUUUCUCCCUUUUUCUCUCUUUCCCUCACUUUCUAUUUCUCUUCUUUGUCAAAUUCUCAUUCACUUUGAUUGUUUAUUUUUUUCUUCCUUUUUCAUUCUCUUAACAAUUUAAAUUAUUUUUCCUCUCUAAUUACAUUUAUUGUUGUUGUUGUUACUUUUUUCUCUCUCCAAGUGAAAUCAACUCUCUGCAAAUUAGUGUUUUUGUUUUUUUUUAGAAUUUUUAUCUUCUGGAUAAUCCCAAAUAUCCGUUAAUCUGCAACCAUGGGAAGUUUAUUGAGAGGUGAAGAGAUGUCUCUUUGUCAAUUGUUUCUUCAAUCCGAAGCUGCUUAUUUUUGUGUCGCUGAAUUGGGUGAACUUGGUCUGGUUCAAUUUCGUGAUCUUAAUCCUGAUGUGUAUCUAUUUCAACGGAAAUUCAUCAGUGAAGUCAUGAGAUGCCAGGAAAUGGAGCGAAAGAUAAAUAUUCUUGAGAAAGAGAUCAAGAGAGAUGAGAUACCAAUCUGUGAUAACAGCGAUGUACCAGAAGCACCACCACCAAGAGAAAUGAUCGAUUUAGAGACCACCCUGGCCAAACUGGACAACGAAUUGAAGCAAGUUAAUUUCAACAUGGAUGCUUUAAAGAAAACAUUCUCAGAAUUAUGUGAAUUCCGUCAUAUUCUCGAGAAAACUCAUGCAUUUUUUCUUGAGAUGCAAGGAACUGGACUAGGUGAAGAUUGGACCCAAUUAGCUGGAGAUGAUGCCAUAAACCUCUCAAUCCAUGCUCACGUUAAAUUGAACUUUGUAACUGGUGUAAUUCGUCGAGAUCGAUUGCAUUCGUUUGAACGAAUGCUUUGGCGCGUUUGUAUGGGCAAUGUCUUUUUACGUCAAGCCUUUAUCGACGAACCCAUUGAAGAUCUUUCCGGUGAUCACGAUUUCAAAUCAGUAUUUAUCAUCUUCUUCCAAGGAGAACAAUUAAUGACUCGAGUGAAAAAGAUUUGUGAAGGUUUUCGAGCAUCACUUUACCCUUGCCCGGAAACUGCUAUUGCCCGGAAAGAAAUGAUCACCAAUUUAACCUCAAGGGUUGAUGAAUUGAAAAUUGUUCUUAAACAGACAACUGAACAUCGUUAUCGAGUAUUAGCCGCGGCUGCUAAACAUUUGAACACAUGGAAGGUUAAGGUUCGAAAAAUAAAAGCGAUCUAUCUUUCGCUUAACAUGUUCAAUUUAGAUCUUACUAGGAAAUGUUUAAUCGCUGAAUGUUGGUGUCCCAAUAAUGACCUGGAAAGAGUUCAUAUUGCAUUGAGAAGAGGAAAAGAUCGAAGUGGAUCAUCCGUACCUUCAAUUUUAAAUUGUAUCGAAACUAAGGAAAUACCGCCAACAUUUCAUCGGAAUAAUAAAUUUACUCAAGGAUUUCAGAAUUUGGUUGAUUCAUAUGGUGUUGCUUCCUAUCGAGAAAUUAAUCCAGCCAUUUUUACAAUAAUCACUUUCCCUUUUCUAUUUGCUGUUAUGUUUGGAGAUGCAGGUCAUGGCUUAUUGAUGACACUUUUCGGCCUUUGGAUGGUUAUGAAAGAGAAUUUCAUUCAAUCGAAAAAGUCAACAAAUGAAAUAUUUCUUACCUUUUUCGGUGGAAGAUAUUUAAUCCUAUUGAUGGGACUUUUCUCCAUCUACACGGGUUUCAUUUAUAAUGAUAUCUUCUCUAAAUCAUUUAACAUUUUCGGCUCAUCAUGGGUCUCAUCUCAUCCACCCGACAAAGGUUUAUACCCUGAGGUGAUGAUGUUAGAACCUGGUAAAGAGUAUUCAGGAUCACCAUAUUGGUUUGGAAUGGAUCCUGUUUGGCAAGUUGCCGAGAAUAAAAUUCUCUUCCUCAAUUCAUAUAAGAUGAAACUUUCAGUUCUUCUUGGAGUUGGUCAAAUGCUGUUCGGUAUUAUCCUUAGUUUGUACAAUCAUCGAUAUUUUAACAAUCAAUUGAAUAUCUACUGUGAAUUUCUUCCUCAGAUAAUUUUCACAAUCUCCAUUUUCGGUUAUCUAAAUAUUCUCAUCUUGGCAAAAUGGAUUUUCUAUGAUUCUUCUGGCUCUUCAUGUGCUCCAUCAGUUUUGAUUAUUCUAAUCAACAUGUUCCUCUACAAGUACGAAGAUACUCCAUGUUCAUUAGCACCAAUGUAUUGGGGUCAACAGUUUAUUCAAACAGUUUUGUUGAUAAUCGCUCUCUCCUGCAUACCCUGGAUGCUCUGUGUUAAACCUUACUUUCUAAAAAAGGCCAACGAUGAGCGUAAACAAAUGACCUCUAGACCAACGAACAAUAAUAACAUUAUAAUCGAGAAUGAAGUUGGCAUUCCUAUGGAAAUUUUAAACGAUGAAGUACCCAAAGAACAAGAGAAAGUAACGGUUAACAGUGUCGAGAAUCAUGAGAACCAUGAAGAAUUUGAUCUUGGAGAGAUAAUCAUUCACCAGGUAAUCCAUACAAUUGAAUCUUGCCUCGGAUCGAUUUCUCAUACAGCAUCGUACCUUAGAUUAUGGGCAUUGAGCUUAGCUCACGCUCAAUUAAGUGAAGUUUUAUGGAAUAUGGUUCUCAGAAUUGGCCUAACAACGUUCACUGGUUUCGCUGGUGGACUGUUAAUGUUUUUCAUUUUCGCAUUUUGGGCUUGCUUAACAGUUGCCGUUCUACUUUUAAUGGAAGGUCUUAGCGCUUUUCUUCAUGCCCUAAGGUUACAUUGGAUUGAGUUUCAAAGUAAAUUCUACGCCGGAACCGGUUACAGUUUUCAACCAUUCUCAUUUGAAGUAAUUCUUAAACAAGAAUAUGAAGAACUUAAUUGAAUGAUGGUUUGCCAAGAAUAAAGAGAAAAGUUCAAAUUCGUAGUCUGCGUAGUUUGGGUGAUUCUAUUUUCUUUUUGCAACAACCAAUCCAAAUUGCAGCAUAAAAAAAAGAAAUGAAAAUCAGCUGAUCACAGAAAAGGACCUAAAGAUAAUCACAUCAUUCCAGGCAUCAUGUUGCUUGUUGACAGAGAAAGUGCCUUUAUUGACAUUGUUUUUCCUUCUCUUUCCACAAUUUAAAACAAAAGUGUAAUUAUGUUUCUACUUACAAAUGAGAUAAGAUGAAAAUCUAAUUUGAUUUCUUCAAACAAUUAACUGUUAACUUGGACUCUCUCUC